AUGAGUGCCAGUGCGGGCAGGGGUGGCGGUGGCGGAGACAGCGGCAGCAGCAGCAGCUCGCAGGCCUCCUGCGGGCCCGAGUCCUCGGGCUCUGAACUAGCCCUGGCCACGCCAGCACCCCGAAUGCUACAGGGGCUCCUGGGCUCUGAUGACGAGGAACAGGAGGACCCCAAGGACUACUGCAAGGGCGGCUACUACCCAGUGAAGAUCGGUGACCUGUUCAAUGGGCGGUACCACGUGGUGCGCAAGCUGGGCUGGGGCCACUUCUCCACCGUCUGGCUGUGCUGGGACAUCCAGCGCAAGCGCUUUGUGGCCCUAAAAGUGGUGAAGAGUGCAGGGCAUUACACAGAGACAGCUGUGGAUGAGAUCAAGCUCCUGAAAUGUGUUCGGGACAGCGACCCUAGUGACCCCAAAAGAGAGACCAUUGUCCAGCUCAUUGAUGACUUCAGGAUCUCAGGCGUUAACGGAGUCCACGUGUGCAUGGUGCUGGAGGUCCUGGGCCACCAGCUCCUUAAGUGGAUCAUCAAGUCCAACUACCAGGGCCUGCCUGUGCCCUGUGUGAAGAGCAUUGUGAGGCAGGUGCUGCAUGGCCUGGACUACCUCCACACCAAGUGCAAGAUCAUCCACACAGACAUCAAGCCUGAGAACAUUCUGCUGUGUGUGGGCGAUGCAUACAUCAGACGCCUGGCAGCCGAGGCCACGGAGUGGCAGCAGUCAGGGGCCCCGCCCCCACCCCGUUCCACAGUCAGCACCGCCCCCCAGGAAGUCUUGCAGACCGGUAAGCUGUCCAAAAACAAGAGGAAGAAGAUGAGGCGCAAACGGAAACUGCAGAAGCGACUGCUGGAGGAGCGGCUGCGGGACCUGCAGAGGCUGGAGGCCAUGGAGGCGGCGGCUCAGGCCGAGGACUCCAGCUCAAGACUAGAGGGGGGCAGCGGCUCCACCUCCUCUUCAGGCUGCCACCCUGGGGGGGCCGGGGCAGGCCCCUCCCCAGCUUCCUCCUCCCCGACCCCAGCGGGUGACCGCAGCCUCAGCCCCUGUUCGCAGAGCUCCGGCUUCUCGGGCUCCCUCUUCUCUCUUGCUUCGGGCUCCAUCCUCUCUGGCUCGUCCACUCAGCGUGAGACCGGGGGCCUCCUGUCACCCAGCACAUCAUUUGGUGCCUCAAACCUCCUGGUGAACCCCCUGGAGCCCCAGAACGCAGACAAGAUCAAGGUCAAGAUCGCGGACCUGGGAAAUGCCUGCUGGGUGCACAAGCACUUCACUGAGGACAUCCAGACGCGGCAGUACCGGGCCGUGGAGGUGCUGAUCGGCGCUGAAUACGGCCCCCCAGCGGACAUCUGGAGCACGGCGUGCAUGGCCUUUGAGCUGGCCACCGGUGACUACCUGUUUGAGCCUCACUCUGGAGAAGACUACAGUCGCGAUGAGGACCACAUCGCUCACAUCGUGGAGCUUCUGGGAGACAUCCCCCCGGCCUUCGCCCUCUCGGGCCGCUACUCCCGGGAGUUCUUCAACCGGAGAGGAGAGCUGCGACACAUCCACAACCUCAAGCACUGGGGCCUAUACGAGGUACUCAUGGAGAAGUAUGAGUGGCCCCUGGAGCAGGCCACGCAGUUCAGCGCCUUCCUGCUGCCCAUGAUGGAGUACAUCCCCGAAAAGCGGGCCAGCGCGGCCGACUGCCUCCAGCACCCCUGGCUCAACCCCUAAGCCCUGCCUCCCAGCUCUCAGUGCCUUGAGGGAAGCAGGCCAACUCCCGCCGCACUGCAGGAGCUGCCCUCUGCCCCCCACCCCCAUGGCAGGGCAGACAGAUGCAGGGCUAGGGACCAGGCCCAUCUUUCAGAAUGUGUUCUGCUCACGGUCCUCCUGCAGAGUCCUCAGAGGGGGAAAGAAGUGUGUGUGUCUCUUUCUUAAUAAAGUGUGAACUGAA